GUGUGUCUUAGGUUGCCAGGAGAAGGCAGUCAACAUCCGGGGCUCCACAAAUGACACACAACUGAGAUUUGCAGUUCAGAUCAUAUUUGAAUACAACCUAAACCUCUCAAGGGGUUAGAUUCUAAUGGAGGACAAAGUUUUUUUUCUGGGCCAUGCUGCAGUUCCUGUGUCUUGCUCUUCACAUAUACUAGGCUUGAAGUGGCAUGAACAAUCUCAACUGCAACUUCCUCUGGCACAUAUCCAUCAUCGGAAACAGCUUCAGCUUCAGAAAGAGCUUGUACAUGAAGCUAUUUCUGGCCUUACUUUCUCUAAAGAUGUUGUAAAGGCUAGGGCAAUUAGCAGUCUUUCUUAUGCUCAGAGUGACUUCCAUGGUCUUUUCGAUGCUUCUGAGCUUUUUAAAUCCUCCUUCAAGAGUAAAUGCCAUUUAUCACCCAUUACUAAAGUUCCCACACAUAGUAACUAUAAUAUAUGGGCAAAAAGAGUUCCUGAAAAUGUCAUAAAUGUGGGACAUGUUGAAAAGGAAACUGUUCAAAAGGACUAUCUCUUCUCAAUACCUACUCAAACCUCUCAAGUGAAUAUUCUCAGCAAAACAGAUUCACUAAUCUCACCCAAAAAAGCUGAGUGUUCUGUUAAAACUGACCUGAAAAAAGCAGGAGCAUUGAGAAACUUCAGCAGUGCAAAUGAAAUAAAGAAUAAUGCACUUUCAGGAGCUUAUGUUGAUAGCCCUAAUAAGACAUAUUGGGAUGAAGCAAUUCUGACGCAACUGAGCAAGAUUACAGCUCAGUGGUUAGUGAGCCAACACACCCCAAUGCAAGGAGGACAGAAAACCAGGCUUCAGAAGAUACUUAGGAGACGUUACAGCUCUGUUAAUGCCACUAACCUAAUCAGUGAUGAGCGCAUGAGCAUUUGGGAUUUCCGCACUUAUCUCAGUUCUAUCAAACAUGAUCCUGAAAGUCUAUCUGAAGAAAAAGUGAAGAAGCAAGAAACUCUCCUUCCAACAUACUACAGAGUUCCUGGAUAUUUUGAAGUAUUUGUCCGACCUGAUGAGCCUGGAAGUAAGAACAUGACCUCAGAGAACUUAAUACUGAAACAUCAAGAACCUUCAGCACCUCCACGCCUACAGGAUACCUUAAACCCAAGAAUUGGAAAAUAUGUUUACAACACAGAAAACCCCUUUGAACAGGAGCUGUACUCUGGUAUUACUAGACAAAUACACCAGACAGAUUUCCUGCAACAAGAACGGAUUAUCAUGGCAAACUCUUCAGAAUACAGGAAGCAUCUCCAAGAGCAUUUACCUUGUCCCCCCGAGGAAUGGUGCAAAAUACCAUCUGUGGGAAAAUUAUCAAAAGCCACAGGACAAAUAAGGCCACAGAAAGGCAUGAGAAGAUGGAUGUCUCUUCCUAGCCCAGCCGACUUUACUGCCAACAAAGAGUUAAUACCACAAGACUACAGUGGGCAGGAUGCAGCUCCCAGACAUCCUCUUCCUCCAUACAGCCCCCGUGAAGAACUUCGCCAUCUUCGCUACAUGGUGGAAGAGUGGCGUAAAGCUUGGAAACUCAGCAAGUGUCAUCUAUUCUCUCUUUUCUUAUAUUGUCCUUUUUUUCUACAUCUUCUUUUCUCUCUCCUGUCAUUUGUGACCCACCCAACACCCACUCCCCAAUUCUUUUUAUAUAUUAAUUUGAAUGAAGCUUUGAUGGCCCCUUUGUCUUUCUGUAUAGUGACUCGCUGGCAGGAAGUAACAAUUGAGGGACUAUGCAGAGACCUGAAGAGUGUUCAUGAAAGUGUCCGGCUCAAUGCUGUGGCCACAUGUGCUUCUGGUGUUGUCCAUCAACCCUGCAUUAGCCAAGAAGAUCUUGUGACAGCUCUUCAAAGUGGUGAUUAUGGAAGAGCCCCGGAUGUACAGGCUCUUCCCGAAGAGCUCCUGCCACUUCUCAAUGACGCCCUUCAGGAUUCCAGUGAACAAGUGAGAAUUGCAGCAGCAAUCUGCCAGUACACAUUGAAGACUGGCAACAUGCAGGCCAGGGGCAUCAUGCUUGAAGCACUAGGAAAAGGUUCACAUGCAAACAGUUGGGCAUCGGCCCAGUGCCUGGCCCUGGAGGGUGACACAAGUCUAGCAGUUGUACAAAGGCUUCUGGAUCAGCUCUUAAAGAAUGAGGCAGACGGUGAUCUCAAGCAAGCUAUGGAGCUGUUGGCAGCACUCAGCAAUACCACAAGCACAGUGCGCUGCUUGCUAGCAGAGACCCUGAAUAGCGGAAACUGGAGGCACAGAAUCUUGGCCUGUAAUACUCUGCCCAGUUUGCAGGGGCCAGUCAACAAGGAUUUGACUAAAAAGCUCAUGUUCUUGAUGUGGAAUGACUGGAAUGCCGAUGUGCGACAGGCAGCUGCACAAGCCCUGGGAAGAUUUGGUUUGGGAAAAGAGGUACACGAUGAGGUCAGGGUGAAGCUGCAGGAGGCUUCCCCAUCCUGGAGGGUAGCAGCACUGUCUCUACUGGCUCAACUUGGUAUCAUGACAGCUAAACUUCUUCCCGAGUUCCUACGCUGCUUCAGCGAUGACUACGGCAUUGUGCGCCAGCAGGCAUGCCUAACUGCCGCCACUCUUUGCAUAAAAGAUGAGAUGGUUUUACAGCAGCUAGUUGGGUUAAUGCAGAAUGACCCAGUGGGAAAGAUCAAAGCCUGUGCUAUUAAUGCUCUGGGUAAAACUGGUAGCCUGCCUUCUGGCUUGCAGGAUCUUCUUCUGUGGGCAGCUCGUAAUGAAGAAGAGCCAGUCGUUCGCCUUGCAGCUUAUGAUGCUAUUGUGGCUUUAGGUGUGAAUGGAAUGGACCUCCAGAACCUGCUAAAUGAACGCCUGAGCCUAGAGCCACAUCCAGUCAUCAGAAGAAAAAUUGGUGAAGUUAUGAAUAAGCUUUGUGUCAAGCCCCAGGGAGACAACGACACAGUCCAGAAGAUUAAGCAGCAGGUCCAUAAGCUGUGCAGCAAAGACACCAUCUCACAAAAGCUUCUUAAGAUGGAGGCACAGGAAAAGCGACUCUUUCCAGAAUCCUUGAGACAUGACCAAUCCAGCACCCUAUCAGAAUUCAAAGAUUUAGCUACUCUUCUUGAAGCUAGCACUCCAGGCUAUGAAUCACCAGAAUUACAGUCUAUAGCUUACACUGAUGACCAAUUUCUUCACAGCUACCGAUCACCUGACUCAACAGCAGAAGAUGCAAAGAUGUCUAGAAAUGAUGAGGAGGAGGAAGUCAACUCUCUCAUCACUUUGGAGGCAGAUGGACCAAAUGACCAGUCACAGUGAACAAUACAGAAGCUAUGAAAUCAUGCAAUAAUACAGAACAUGAGUAAGACAUCAAAUUUGAAAAUAAAAUCCUCAAAGUUCUUGGUGAAUUUGUACAGGGGGUUGGAUAUCCAAUGAGACAUGGGCAAUUGUUUAACAGCUUGUUUUGUCUUGGUAGAG